AGCGAAUCCGAUCAGAUAAGCCAUUAAUCAGCGACCCCACCAUGUCAUACAAAACAUCCGCGCCCGCCCCAGCACGACGCUCAGGCAAAAUGGCGACCGCUUUGAAAUCUUUCUUCGGCACCGCGAAAAAUUCAGCAACUCCUAUCGAUCAGCUGUUCCCGAAAGUAGACCCGGCAAUUGACGGAGAGGAUUGCGACCAUGACUGCGAAACUUGCGUUGUUCAGCUGCCUGCAAAGUUUAAGAUAGACGAGGAUGAUCAAUUAUACGGCCAGAUCAAGGGAUGGAGUCAGCACAUUCUCGUGGCGACUGGCAAGACCGAUUGGGUGAGAGAUGUUGCCGACGAGAAGGGCAGUGUGAUGGAAGCCAUUGAGAAGAAGGCCGAUGUGAAGCCAAGCAGCGGGAGACUCAUGCUCUCUGCCUCGAAUAUGCCUACUCCCUCACACUCCACCGACUACUCCGAACCAACAACUGUCCUCCUCCUACCCGCAUUUCUCAUCAUCCAGAACGUUACCCCAAAAUCCGUCAACUCCCUCAUCACGGACUUUCUCAAUAAGUCCCCUUCGAAUACCACGCCCUUGGCACCUAUUACUAUACCCUCCUCUCUUCCCGACCCUCUUCCAACUGCGGAGCAGUUGACGACCCGUCCCUGUCCUCACCGCGCGCUCAUUCUGCUCUGUUCACAAAAGACACGAGAUGCUCGGUGUGGGCAGAGUGCCCCACUACUCCGGAAAGAGUUCGAGAGACAUCUGAGGCCGUUAGGGCUAUACCGAGAUCUAGACGAUGAGCGGCCCGGUGGCGUGGGGAUAUACUUCAUUUCGCAUGUCGGAGGACAUAAAUAUUCUGCCAACGUGAUGGUUUAUAGAAAAGCAAAUGCUUUUGGGUUAGAUACACUGGAGAGGGCAAAGUUAGGCGGAGAGGAGCCUAAGCCGUCGGAUGUGGUGCCGGGUGAGGGUGACUUAGAAGGAGCCGCACAAUGCAUAUGGAUUGCCAGAGUAAAGCCACAGGACUGUGAGGGUAUCGUGAAGUUCACGGUUCUUCAAGGGAAGGUAGUAAAGCCGGAAAGCCAAUUGAGAGGUGGUUUCGAUAGGCAGAGGGGAGUUUUCAGCUGGUAGAAGAAGCUAGAAGAAGCGACCCGGAUACAUGAGCAUAGAUAUAUAUAAAAUGAUAAGAUGGCUGAAUGGAUAUCGAAGCUCAAUUGAAUUCCCG